AUGGCGACCGUCCUCGUCCGACCUGCGGCCGUGCACGGGUCGGGCGUCGCAGUCUCUACCGAUGAGGAAUACCAGGCUUUCUUCAAUUUGCUGCACAAAGUCUCUGUGGUGCAAAGCUGUGUCAUCACGGCAACAACGAUAUGUGGUUGGGAGCAUCUGGCCUUGUUGCCGGCUGAGAUCAGAGCAUGGCGUCUCCUGCUUGCCGGCAACUUCCGCCCACCCCGUAUCGCCGUCCUUUUAGCCCGGUACGCCGUCAUAGGCGCCAUUGUCUCCUCUGGCAUGUUCUUCUGGGGCGAUCCACGCGACUGCGGCGCCGUACUUGACAGCAUCUGGUCCCUCUACAUAAUCCUCUGGGCCUGCUGCGCCUCCAUCUUCCUGUAUCGUCUCAAGAUCAUGUACUGCGACAGCCGGCGGGUAAUGUUCCCCCUCGUCGGGCUGUGGUGUAUCAGCAUUGGCGUGUGGGCGUACAUCGUUCAUCAUGGGUUUCACGGGGUGCGCGUGCCCGACGAGACGCAAGUACCGUGGGGACCAAAGUGCAAGCCCAAUGUUAACAGAAAUCUGGCGCCCAUCGGGUGGAUGAUCUCUUUUGUCUUCGACCUCGUCGUCCUAGUAGCUACAGUCGCGCGUCUGCGGCGCAUCGAUCAAGAUAGGCUGUGGGGCCACGCAGCAAGGACGCAUCGCUGGCUCUGGACAUCGUCCCUCAUCUACUUUAGCGUCGCUACGGCUGUCAAUCUUUCCUGCUUUCUCGCUGAGCUGCUCGUCGAUGAUUCGGUCCUCUCGCAGAUUCCAACGAGCAUCGCGUUUGUUAUGCACGUCGUUGUGGCCUCGCGGCUUGUGUUGGCUAGCAAGGGCUGGAUCGGUGAUUACGAGGCUGAUGAUCACGUCUACGACUGGGAGCUCGAGGAACCACACCACAGUAGGAGUAGCAAGGCUUCGACGCGCCGUAGCCAUCCGUCGGAGGCUCCCAUAACCUUUGACUUGCACAUCGAGGAGCGAGUGUCGGACUUCCGCCCUCAAUCGACCCACCAAGGCCCCCAGGAGACUCGACAGGUGCACAGUCUACCUCGCGGUCUGACGUCCUUUCCGCAACGGCGUAGCAUCAUCCGGCGCAGCAAGAGCUCCGUGGCCAUGAGUGCUCCCCCUGCAAUGUGGUGCUACGACGGCAAGCAGACGACAUCUCCGGCUGCUCCUACCGCUGGGGGUGGGACAGAGAUGACCGAUGUAAAUGGCGGCGGCGGCGGUGAUGGCGCUGCUCCAAGCUGGCUCGAGGAAGUUCGAGAGGCCAGUUCGGCCACUGCUGGCCCCGUACGCAAGAUGACUUCAACGACGUUGCGCCGACCCUCGGGCGACAAUGGGAACAAGAAGACGUUGAAAGCGAGCGCAGCUGGAGGACAUCGCCCUGCACCAUUGAGAGGUGUCGUGGUAUCGCCUCACCACGGCGAAGAGGAGGAGAACGUCGAGAAUCAGGAGAUCUCGGUAGAUAGUCCCCUUAGAAAACAUGGCAAGGCUCUCCUCUCCAUCUCAUCCCCAGAGGCCGGAGUCGGCUUCCCCUUUGAGUACGAUGGCGUCGAGCGUCGCGGAGGGGAGUGUGGCUGGGUCACCUCGAAGACAUCAUCAGCACGAAUAUUCACAACAUCACCUGAGGCAGCGGCAGCCGGAGCAGCGUCAUGCGCGUCUGCAUCACAGCUUGUCGAUGCCCUUUCCAAGUUCGCACCAUGA